UAAUGCAAGGUUUAUUGCAGCCAUCUCAACAAACUCUUCUAGUUCGUUCUCCAACUGAGGGAUCUCUUAAGAGCUAUUCUAGAUAUGAAAGCAAAGGCAAAAAGAGGAUACUCUAUAAAAAUAACAAAGGUGAAAUUGUUGACCCUCCUGAAAAAUCACUUAGAUUGCAAAACACUCAAUAUUCAUAACAAAGCAAAACCAAUAAGUCUCGAACUACCACUCCUACACCAUCCGAAACUAUCAAAACCUAAACUACAUCAGUCUUUGAUUUGCUUCCUAUCGAUGAUCCCAUUUGGUUAGAAUUGAUUCCUAUUGAACUCUAAUAAGAUCAAAACUUUAAUCUUGAAAAAUUAAUUAAUGAAAAUCAAGAGUACUUUGUUAAUUUACUUGGAUUAUAUAUGCAAGAAAGAUAAUAAAAUAGAAUCCAAGAAUUGAAACUUUCAUUACCAAACAAAAAACUUUCUACCUAUGAUUCAGUUUUCAAAAGACUCCAACCCUUAGAUCAAUCAAAUUUCAAUAUCAAAAUGUAUGAUUAAAUCCCAUUAGCUCAGUCUCUUUAAUUAUCAACUUAAUAUGAGGUAUAUUUCUAUUCUUAUAUUCCAAAGACGUCUUAUCGUACUCCUAAACCCCAAUAAUAAGAAAAUUAUAAACCUUCAUAUUACAGAGAUCCAUCAGAGAUGAUGACACUAACAAGUUAUAAAUAAGAUUAUUUUAACUGGAAACCAGCAUAAACUGAAAGAGUUGGACCAUAAAGAGGUCAAAGUACAGGAGCCUUACCAUUUAUUGGUAAAACAUCUUAUCAAGAAAGCUUUCGUGCUGCUAAUUGUGAACCAACUGAGUCUGCAAAGAAGAAAUCUCUGUAAACUUUUAUUUAAAUUUUAAAUAGUGGACCCUUUGCAUAGAGUAGUUCUAUGAUAUUUAAGGAAGCCUUAUCUAAAAUACAUUAUCCUGGUUAUACCUUUGAAGAUUUACCUUUAAGAAAAUAAAAUAGUAGCCACAUUUAAAGUAAUGGAUCUUAUGAUGGUUAAUUUAAAACAACAUUUAAGAAGUAUUAAUUAUUCCCUUAUUUUAGUUCUUUUGCACAUAAAGUACCAGAUCCCAUAAUCCAAGAUAGAUAUUGGAAAUAAAAACUAAUAUAGAAAAUAUUAGAAAAAAAGUAGAUUUGA